AAUAGAAAAGGAAAGGGAAAAUAAGAGAUUAAAAGGGAAAGAGAAAUGAAGAGAGGGGAGAGUUAGCUGGUUCUCUCUCCUCUUCUGUCUCUCCUACUUUUGCUCUUAUGGUGCCAUGUCUCCUCUCCAAUUGAGUUAGGCUUCUUUCUCUUUCAUUCUCUCACUUAUUAUUAUUCAAAAACAAAAUCUAAUUCUUCUUCUCCUUUCAUUUAAUUCUCAGUGUCAUCUCUCUCUCCUCUAGAUCUUUACUUCACUCAGCUCUCCUUUCUUUUUCUCACUGUCAAGCACCGCUCUCUUUUCUUGGAAACUUCUUUUUCCUCUUCUCUUCAAUGUUUAAUCUAAUUUCAUGAUAUGGGUUUUACUUUGCUGGAUCUGGGUAUUAUUAUUUUCAUGUUUUUUGAUUGGUUAUCUUUUGUUUUCGUCAACUCCUCAAAUGUGAAGCUCCAAUUUCACUCAUUAUGGGGUUUAUGGGUUUGAUCGGGUCUCAAUUUCCAGCUUCCAUUUGUAUGCUAGCUAUUGUUUUGCAAAUCUGAUUCAAUCUGUUCAUUUUUUCUCAUUUUUUUUUUCAGUUUUCAAUUGGGGUUUAAGGGUUUUGGCAAUUUUUUUCUCCAAUAAUUUUGUUGAUUUUGGUUUUUGUAUUUUAAUUUCUUCCAUUUCAUUAUCCCAUUCUUGUGUUUUCAUUUCCUGGUAGUUUUAUUGAGUGAGAUCAUAGGUUUUAGUCUGUGGGAAGGAUUGGGAAUCAUGGGUACCUCAUUACUCAAUUGAAUUUGGCAACCGGCACACGUCUUAUUCUAUCCAGGCAUAUUUAGAAGAUGAGCAAAAUGACAAAUGGAGGUGAGGACAAUAAAAGGUCAAAAAACCGUCGAGAUUCUCCAUCAGUUGAAGAAGCCAGUAAUGGUCCCUUGAAGAAAGGCCCAUGGACCGCAGCAGAAGAUGCAAUUUUGGUGGAAUAUGUCACUAAGCAUGGAGAGGGAAAUUGGAAUGCUGUUCAGAAGCAUUCAGGGCUCUCUCGUUGUGGAAAAAGCUGCCGCUUGCGAUGGGCAAAUCAUCUAAGGCCUGAUUUAAAGAAGGGUGCAUUCACUCCAGAGGAAGAGCGGCGCAUAAUUGAACUCCAUGCAAAGAUGGGAAACAAAUGGGCGAGGAUGGCUGCAGAGUUGCCUGGACGCACAGACAAUGAGAUAAAGAACUACUGGAAUACAAGAAUAAAGAGAUUGCAACGUGCUGGUUUACCAGUUUAUCCUCCAGAAGUAUGCCAGCAAGUAUUAAAUGGAAGUCAAGAAAGUCAAAACAUGGGCACACUACAAAAUACAGAUGCAUGUGGUCCGGAUCUGAUACAGUCUGACCAUUUUGAGAUUCCUGAAGUGGAAUUCAAGAAUUUAGAACUCAAUCGAGGACUUAUUUAUUCACCAACAGUUCUUGAUAUUCCUACAAGCAGCAUGCUGAAAUCAGGUGUAUGUUCCUCCCAUGGCAGUAGCUUUAUGCUUCCAACUAUGCAUCCUCACAAACGCCUUCGAGAAUCACAGACCAUAUUCCCUAGUCUGGAUGGUGGUGUUGGCAGUGGCCUCUCAGCAUUCAAUCAAUCAACAGAUUACUUUUCUGAGAAGAUCACAGAAUCCUUUGAUAUAUCUUCUCAGUAUGAUUCUCAUACGAACACCUUUGGCCAGCCACCACUGUGUGUUCUUCCUGGCAGUCAUGCCCUAUUAAAUGACAAUUCUUCUUCUUCUGAGCCCUUAUGUGGGGCUAUGAAGUUGGAGCUCCCUUCACUCCAAUAUCCAGAAACUCAACAAGAUAGCUGGGGGACACCUAAUUCCCCAUUGCCUUCACUUGAGUCUGUUGAUACUUUGAUUCUGUCUCCUCCAGCUGAACAGACUCAAUCAGAUUGCCUUUCACCACGAAGCAGUGGUCUGUUGGAAGCAGUACUAUAUGAAUCACAGACUUUGAAGAACUCAAAGAAAUGCUCUGGUCAUCAGACUUCAGAUACUUCUGUUGCAACUGGUGAUGUAGAGGAUUGCCCCUUCAAUACCUAUAACACAGAAUGGGAAGUACAUCAUGACCCAAAUUCACCUUUAGGUCACUCUGCUGCAUCAGUAUUCAGUGCAUGUACUCCUAUCAGCGGAAGCUCAUCAGAUGAACCAGGAUUUGAACUCAAGCCUGAAACAACCAAUCAGGUUUCAACCCCAUACAUUGAAGGGAAAGAAGCUCCCAAGCAGAUUGACUUUACAAGACCAGAUGUUUUACUCGGUUCAGGCUGGUUUGGGCUUGGCAGUGGGUUCGUUAACAACCAAUCUGUACGAACUGAUGAAGUAGGAGCAUGUCUUGGUGAUGAUAUUGAUAGCGAAUGCUAGCAAAUGGAUGCUCAGAAUUUUAAUCAAGAUUGCAAGUGAGAGAACUUGCCAAUUUGUUAGCUCUGAUGCUUUAUUCAUCCUUCUAACUGCAUUCACCCUCAUUAUCUUUUCAUUAUGAUUUGCUGAGAGGUUCUCUUUCCAAUAUCUUGUGAACUAUGACAUGACAAUUUGCAUGUUAGUAUGCUUGCAUAUCUCUUGAUCAUUUCUUUUCGUAGCAGUGGAGAGGUUGGAUGAUUUUAUGAAACAUUAAUUUUCUCCUUUUGUGUAAUGGCAAUCAAUAAUCGAAAUUUUGCACUAUAA